AUGGCCAGCAUAUUAUCCACUGCAGCACAACACGUUACCACACGACAUCGAUCAUCCUCAUCAGCAGCAAGCUUGCCUCGACCUGGUGAACCGCAACACACAAACCAUCCUUCUCCUUCCCAUACCCAUCACCACGGUAAUCGUCCUCGAUCGGGAUCUCGUCCACAAUCGCGACCUCAGAGUCAGCAUUCUCCAUUAUCCACAAGUGCCCCCAUUGCGAAUGGACCAGCACCCAUUCACCAACUCGAACAGCACCAAAACUUCAAUCACUCGGUGGAUACCCUUGGCAGUUCGAGUAGUAUUGACAGCCAGCUACCUGCUGAAACCACAUUAACAAUUGAAUUCGAUGGUGGUACACACGUCAUUGUUCGUCCCAAUCGGGUAGUCCGAGGCAAAGUCAUUCUCGACGUCGCUGAGCGCAUGCUGGUGACACGUAUACGGAUCAAGUUCAGGGCUGAGGAAUCCGCUAUGGUCAAGGUCGAAGAAGGUGGAGGCGAUACGCGUGGUGAAUGGAUCCAUCAAGCUAUUACCACAUUCUUUGAAUCAGAUUGGAAGUUGUGGGGAAAUGAAGCAAGUUAUUAUUCACAAUGCCCUUGGGAAGAGAUGGAUAUUGGUCAUUAUGAAUUCCCAUUCGCCUUAAAGUUCCCCAAUGUCAAUUAUCCACCCAGCAUGGAAGAUCCCGCGGGAUUUGCUAUACGCUAUGUUUGGACCGCACAAGCUGAUGGACCUGCAUUACAAUCUGGAAUCAAGAGCCGGGAAUACAUUACGCCUUAUCGACCCAUCAUCAUAUCUACGCCAGAUAAAGAAUGGACCUAUCGCAAGACGUUGAUGAAGGAUAAAAAACAUGCCAUUGCGGAGGUACAAGCCAAACUUUACAAGCAAUCUUAUUGCCCAGAUGAACCCUUUGAGAUGCAACUAAAUAUGACGACAUUACACGCCGACGCAAAGAUCGCUGCCAUCGAGUACAAGUUUAGAAAGCAUCAUGAAGGCAAAAUGCUGGUACAACAAGGCACGGCUUUUCGAGAACACAUUCGUACCGUCAUCCACAGCACAGUACCUAUCCCCAGCAGCAAUACGCAUCAUGGCACGCAAGUAGCAGAAACGGUGAUCUUUGACGUGCCCACACGAUUAGUGUCACCAUCAUUCAUUUCUCGUCAUACGCGUGUGCAUUAUGGAUUACAAUUCCUGGUGACGAUUGAACAAGGCCAUUUAUUCAAAAACACCACCGUGGUGGACUUUUCAAUCCCAAUCAUCAUUGCCAACCUUCCUCAUGAUAAUCUUCUUCGCAUUCCCGAUCUUACGGUGAUUCAAGGCUAUCGAGAAUCAAAAGAGUGUCCCGUCUUUUUCGAUCCAUCACUCGAUGAACCACCAAGCCCAUCCAUGAACAAUGGCCCAUUAUCAACGCCAAUGAAUGAGGAACCACCCAAUUACUAUACUUUACCUAUACAACCACCUCAAUUCCAGCUUGGAAAAGAACGUAAAGAACGCACGGUCUUUUUAACUCGUCCUGCCAAAGGUGCAUUGCAUAGCCAGGAGAUGUAUCCUGCUGUCAUUAUCCAAGGUCUCUUUGAUGAAGACUGGUAA